UAUUGACACUUUAACGGAUCCCGGCCACUGCUUUUGCCGUCUGCGCGCGCUGACAGAUCAAUGUGACCGUUUCAAAAAUCCCUGUCGCUUCGUUUUCACCCAUUUUUCACUCGUUCGCGCGAGGAUGCCAGUGUUUGCUGGUUAACAGUUGCUAAAUCUGAAUCUACUUUCUGCGCGAGGAUUACACUGAGCGCACUCCGGGCGGCACAUGCACUUUAGGUGAACUUUUACUCUCUGCUGCUCGAGAUACUUAUCCACUUCUGCGUCUCUACGGCUCGUGGCAUGGCGGAAAAACGGAGGUCCCCGUGCACCAUGAGCCUCAAGGCUCACGCGUUCUCGGUGGAGGCGCUCAUCGGCGCAGAGAAGAAGCGAAAGCUCGAGGACGACGACGAAGACAAUAGUGAGACCUGUUUCGAGGAGGGGAACGAGGUCGCAAGCCUUAACGGGAGUCCGGGGCUCAGAACAGAGAGGUUGUGCGCCAGCACUCGGAGUUGCGAGAUUGAGUGCGCAAGUGACGGAUCCCCUGACUGCGAUGAAGUGUUGCUGGAGAGCCCACGGCCAUCUUCCCAGAGUACUCCCCUGCUAGUGAGUGCUUCGGGAGAAGAGAUGCGCGUGGACCUGCAGGGUUCGGACCUGUGGAAACGGUUCCACGAGAUCGGAACGGAAAUGAUUAUCACCAAAGCGGGCAGGCGGAUGUUCCCCGCCAUGCGCGUGAAGAUAACGGGUUUGGACCCCCAUCAGCAAUAUUACAUCGCCAUGGACAUAAUUGCUGUAGACAACAAACGAUACAGGUACGUGUACCACAGUUCCAAGUGGAUGGUCGCAGGAAACGCGGAUUCGCCCGUGCCGCCACGCGUGUACAUACAUCCGGACUCGCCCGCAUCUGGCGAGACAUGGAUGCGGCAGGUCAUCAGCUUUGACAAGCUCAAACUGACCAAUAAUGAGCUUGACGACCAGGGUCAUAUCAUUCUGCACUCCAUGCACAAGUACCAGCCACGUGUCCAUGUCAUCCGCAAGGAGUGCGGCGAGGAGCUGUCGCCGGUGAAACCGGUGCCGACCAGUGACGGCGUUAAGGCCACCGCCUUCCCCGAGACCGUCUUCACCACCGUCACGGCCUACCAGAACCAGCAGAUCACCCGUUUGAAAAUUGACAGAAAUCCCUUCGCUAAAGGAUUCCGAGACUCUGGGAGAAACCGGAUGGGAUUGGAAGCCUUGGUGGAAUCAUAUGCAUUUUGGAGACCAUCGCUGAGAACGCUGACAUUUGAGGACAUCCCGGGAAUGCCCAAACAAGGCGCUCCUGGUUCUCACGGAGGUGUGGUUGGACCGUCGCCACAUGCACACGCACACCUGCUCUCCUCCUCCCCCUGCUCUUCCCCCGCCUUCCACCUGGGCUCGGGGGCGGGGCAAAUGUGUGACUACACCGCCUGCAGCCGAGCAGGCCACACCCUCCACCGCUACGGCCCGCCCCUCGACUCCUACAGCCGAUUGGCCAGCCCUACUGUCGACAGCUUCUCCUCCGCCCGAACACCUGCCUAUGUGGGCGGAGCCGACGGCGAGGCUUUCUCCUGCGCCCAGACUGGCCUGCCAAUCCAGAUCCCUGGAAUGCCAGGCCCCUCCCCUCCCCAGCUCCAGUAUCUGAUGCCCGGCACUCACAACGCCUUCUCAACCAAUCAGAGCUCCCAGAGCUCCUACGGCGGCUUCCGUCUGCACAGCCCCUACGGUCUCUAUGGUUACAACUUCUCCACGUCGCCACGCCUGGCCGCCAGCCCGGAGAAGAUGGCCGCUACGCAGGGCUCCUUCUUAGGCUCCUCCCCCAGCGGCACGUUGACGGACAGGCAGGUUCUGUCGCCUGUUGACGGUCUGCAGGUCCUGGGCGGCGGAGCCAGCGCCCAUCAGAGCCUCUUCGACUCCAGGACUCUUGGGAGUUUGGGGGCAGGGCUUACAAGCUCCAGCUCUCAAGUCACCGCCCACAUGGCUUGAGACUGCCCCUCUCACUCCGCCUCCAACAUUGUUGUCAUGGUGACCGUGUGGCAGAGAGACUUGUGAGGAUGUCCUUUAUUUGUCUUGGAAGAAUUUUGUCACACUGAGUGGGAGACUGUGGAGACAAGUGAACAUGCUUUGCCGUGAGGAUUAUUCAAUUAUCCAGAUGGCCUAUGGACUAGAGAGAAAGAGCACGAGAGAGACUUGAGGAAUUUCUGGGACUAUAACACUGAGAGUGACUACAGACUGAGGGACUGGACACUGGAGUCCGGAGGUCUUCAUAUUGAUAUCCGUCAACGCCACAUUCAUUAUCGUUGUACGUCAUUAGUUUCCAUUUUGUUCUUUAAACAUCUAUCAAGAUCGUUUCAUUUCGCAAGGGAUAGUUAGGAGGACUUCAAACUGGGCAGUGUAGACGUUGGGACACGGACUGCACCAGAAAGGCAGUACCAGAACUCGCAAAACAACACGAGACCUAAAGCCCCAUGAGAACCAGAACCAACAUGGAGAGCAGAACCAGAACUGUUUGAGCUGCCCCAUUUAGACAUACAGAGAGCACUUCCUUUGGGCUUGGUUCAUGUGUGUGUGUGUGUGUGUGUGUGUGUGUGUGUGUAUGUGAAUGUGUGGAUACGGUGUAUUUCUUUGUUGGUGUAUGUGUAUGUUUGUGUGUGUGUUACUUAUUUCUUGUUAUCAGAACAAGAUCAAACUUUAACUCUCUUAGCAAUGAGUGACCAGCAUGACGGGGACAGGUUAAGGAUCAGUUCCUACACUUAUUAUAGUUUGGUAAGGUUUGUUCUUCAGGGCAGUGAUAAACCGUCCAUGUUGAGCAUGUUAAAUAAUAAUGUUAGAGACAACAACGAUAUUUCUCAUACAAAUUAGUUGUCUUUUUGCUCCAGCUACACAUUUUCAGAUUAGCGGUCAGUCACAAAGAGCGUUACCCAAGGGAUCAGAGCAGCAGAACCACCAACUGUCAGACCUGAAGUGUACAUGAGUUAUAAACCACCUGCUGGGACUGUUGUGCGACUGUGGCUGCAAACACACGCAAAGCGUAUAGAUGCUUCUUGUCUGGAUUAACACACAACAGCACUUUCUGACUUUGUGUGGAAAUGUGUGCAAGGUCGCAGAAUGAUGUAUUUCACACUACAUAUAGCCAUUCAUAGGGUUGUUAUAAAUGUUAUACUGGCUGUAAUUACACCUGUAAUAAACAGGAGUGUCAGAGUGAGAUAUGAGUUAAAACCUUUGUCAUUCACCAAAGAGAAAUUCAGUGGUUCUCUAUAAGGUAAAUGAAAAUGAAAGGUACUGUGUUACAUGUGAUCUGGAGAUAUGGUGGCUAAUAAAAAUCAUUGCAGUGGUUUGUACCAGUUUCUAUGAAUGGCAGCAAAGUAGAUACCUUUUGUUUCAUUGUCUGUUUCACAAAAGUCUGUACAUUCAGAGAGAGGAACAAGAUGGCUGCUGCCCGCAGAAUGGAUAUGGCCCAGGUCAGAGCCGGAUCUGAACCGAGCCUAAACCGGAUCUGAACCGAGCCCAAGCCGGAUCUGAACCGAGCCUAAACCGGAUCUGAACCGAGCCCAAGCCAAAUCUGAACCGGCUCAGGGCCAGAGCAAGGCCAGGUUCUGCUCUGAGCUCUGCUGGUUCUGUUGGCUCUUGGUGGCUGACUAAUUCACCGAUGCACUUAUGGCAAAUUUACCUUUCAGCUUUUUUUUUCUUUGUCCUGUGGCCUUGCGGCGGUAGACAACUGGACUCUUUGAUUGCUGACCGUGGACCAUGUUUGGCCGGUACUAUUAUUAAAAAGAGAAUCUGAUCAAAUGAAAUUUGAGCCAAAUAAAAUGUACUUGUGACUGAUAA